AUGUAUUCAACAUCCCAAGCGGCGAGAUUCACCCAGAUCACCAACCCCCAACCGUGUGAGCCUCCGCAUAUCGUCACAAUCCCGGAUUGGAUUGCCAGAUGUGAGUGGCAAGGCCCCGACAACCGCACGAUCAAGUCGACUCUCGUCUUGGAGUAUAAGGACAGGGGUUUGGCUCGCGUGAACAAAAUUCUUGAAGAGUGCACUGAGGAGGAGCUCUCCGAUGACGAAGAGGACAAGCUCCAGCAAGGAUUUCUCAUGCGCAAGGCGAAACCAAUGAAAAAAAGUUUCACGCGCAUAGCUAAACAUUAUCGACACCGCCGCAUACCCAACACCAGCCGAAUCGAAUCCACAUUGGGCAAAACGUACCCCUGUGUCUUCGCAGUCGAUGUCGAGAAAUUACUUCAACAGACUACCGCUUACGCUCUUGCUGAAGGAGCGCCUUACGUUGGUCUUUUAGACUACGAGUCACUGGUCGUUUUCGAGUUUCUCGAUAUGAAAACGAGCAUGAAGCGGACCCCGGUUGAUCGACUGCGAGCCGGAACGGGAAAACGAGUUCGUGUGGUUACAAUCAGAGACGACCCGGGCGAAUCUCGCAUUCGCCGCAUCCUGAUCGGUGCCUGGCUGAAGGCUAUCAGGGGCGAAUAA